CCUCAACACUCUAGCUCGUAUUGUUUUGCUUCUUGACGAGUCCCUCAGCCAUAGCAGAUCGGCCCUCGCCAAUUUACUCUUGAACCCUCAAACGUAGUCUGUAGCCCUGUCAUAGGUCAUGGCUUCCAAUCAUGCUGAAGGCUCGACUGGCCCUUCAGGAUCCUCACCUGCUCUUCCCUCCGUCUCCCCAGCCCCAGCGGGUGGGUCCAGGUCCGGCAGUUCUUGGUCCGAAGUUGGCCAAGCAUUGAAAACCAUCAGACCAGUUGAGGACCUAAAAAACGUCGGUAGUAUUCCUUGCGGACGUGAUAGUCUCCUGUAUGGCAUCGGCGGAGGAGUAGGCAUCGGCUGCCUUCGAUACCUGAGCUCAUCGAAUCCCAGGGUAGCCGGUAACUGGGCUGUAGGGAGUUUUAUGCUCAUAGCCAUCUAUCAAUGGGAGGCAUGCCGUGGAGAGCGCAAGCGGCAAGAGGAGAAACUCAAGGUGCUGUCGGAAAAGUAUCCCCAUCGCCACGUCUCAAAUCUCACAAAGGGACGUCCAAACGAUGAAAACAGUAAUCCGAGUUGAGGACUCAUGCA